AUGGUGCCUGAUCUUGUGAACCCCUCUCCAGAACUCAAGCAUGUCCUCAUGUGGUCAGUACCACUACUCAUCAUAGCUCCUACGGUAAUCUUCUGGUACCUGCAAGCUGCUGGCAGCAAGAAGAACCCCAUCCGUCUUCCCCCGAGCGCGAAAUUGAUGACCUACGGGCAACAAGACAUCGCCUUCUCUCCGUACAACGUGAGCUGGCGCGAGUUGAUCCAAUCUGUCUCAGAGCUCGUGGGGAGCAAACGCGUCCACACCUUCUCUCACGCACUAGAAGCUCAGGUUGGCGAGUUGAUCCAAUCCCUCUCACCGAUGACGGAGCCCGUCAACCUCAACGAGAUCCUCUUCACGCUCAUCGACAGCUUCAUCGGCACGGUGGCGUUCGGGAGCAUGAAAGGCGCCAAGCUCAUGAAGUACGCCAAGUUCCAGCGGGUGUUCAGCGAGGCCACGGUGGCCCUCUCCGCCUUCUCCGCACAGGACUUCUUCCCGGCGUCGCCCAUGAGCCGGUGGUUCGACAAGCUCGUCGGGCUGGAGAGGCGGUAUCUUAGGACAUUCCUGGAGAUAGACUCCUACUUGGAGACGGUGCUCAGCCAACAUAUGGAUGCUGGGAAGGUGAAGCCCGACAAAGAUGACCUUGUGGAUGUGUUGAUCAGUCUUUGGAAGGGGCAAGGGAAGAUCACAAAGGACCACGUCAAGGCGCUUUUGAUGGAUGCAUUUAUCGGCGGCACGGCGACGAGCUCGGUGACAUUGUUGUGGGCUAUGUCCGAGCUCAUCAAGAAUCCGACGGUGAUGAAGAAGGCACGGGCAGAGAUAAGAAGUUUGGUCGGCGGCAAACAGAGACUAGUGAAGGCGGCCGACCUCUCUAAACUCAAGUACAUCAAGAUGGUCGUCAAGGAGACGCUGCGACUGCAUGCGCCGGUGCCGCUGCUCGUUCCUAGGGAGACCAUGGACCAUGUGAAGGUCCUCGGCUAUGAUAUCCCCGCCAAGACAAGGAUCUUCGUGAACGUGUGGGCUAUGGGGAGGGACCCUGCCUCCUGGGACAAACCAGAGGAGUUUUACCCGGAGAGAUUUGACGGAGUUGACACUGAUUUUUAUGGGUCACACUAUGAGCUCCUUCCGUUUGGCGCCGGGCGGCGGAUCUGCCCUGCUAUCCCCAUGGGAGCCACCAUGGUGGAGUUCACGCUUGCUAGCUUGCUGCAUUCGUUUGACUGGGGGUUGCCCAAAGGCAUGAAUAAAGAAGACGUGAGCAUGGAAGGGACUGGCAGACAACUGUUGUGUAGGAAGACUCCUCUGUAUCUUGUUCCAUCAUUUUAUACUGGCUAA